UUUAUCGUCCAGGUAUUUCCAGGGAUGCCGUUGACGAGCUUCUGGGUCAUCGAUGAGGGCUCCCUGCACGGUCAGAAUUAUUCGGCUCUUCUCACUAGCCGGAAUGGCCACCUGCUUUGCCAGCUGCUGUGCGGCCAAUAUUGAAAUAUUCCAGCUCGGUUCACCCUCGCGUGGAAGCGGAUGGCGUCCACCAUACUGAAACGUGCUCCAAACUACCAAGCCAAAAACAAAAAUAUCACACCGCUGAUGGUCUUGAAAACAAAAAGAUCUCAGGCCCUGGCGAUAAUAUUCCGGUGGGCGCCAUCCGGGCGUCCCUCGAUAUUCAACGCUUGACGACGUGUGUCCAGAGUUUUCUGUCGCGGAUAGGCCAAAAUCACAUAGUUUGGCACACCAGCGACCCGCUGACUCGAAAAUCAAAAUGUUAUCAGGUUUCAAGUCCCCAUGCGCAAUCCCUUCCUGGUGGAUGGCCUCCAACCCAUGUCCCGUAUCAAGCAGGAGUCCACAGAUGUCUUGAAAGCCGAGAUCAGCCUUGUAUGUUAUCGUACUUGCCAGCAGCUGCGUGAGCGAGCAUCGAGCCUUCUCAAGGAUAAGCAAGGGGAUUCGAGGUGUUUCCUCGUCAUUCUCCUCCAUUGUGUCCAGACAUAGUCCCCAUGAGAUUAGACGGACGAUAUUUGGGUGCUUGCGAAAAGCGCUUUUGCAAAGUACAUCGAUCUCUUGAUGUGCGGCUUUGCAGAGAAACACAAACUCCUCCGAGCUUAUCGAUGUGCCGGAUCUCGGUUGCCGUCGCUUUGCUCCAUGGACUCGGAAGCGUUUGAUGGCAACUUCGGUAAUGUUCUUUCUCAUCGAGUCGGAAAGGUCCUGAAGCUUGAGACCAUGCUCAUCAAGGACGGAUUCAUCGAAUCCAAAUACUUCUGAUUGAGCACCACAUCCCAGCUCAAGAUUGAACUCUGUCUGCAGCCGUAUGAGCUGGGGACCAGGGAUAUUACUAUCUUUUAGUGUCACCAUCAAGUUACUAAGGACGAUGAUAGGGUCGGAAAAAGCCGCAAAUUCCUCAAUUACGCUGAACCUUCCACCUUGGCGGCUUCCUCGCCCCAGACUCUCAAAGACGCUGGAGUGGCUAAAUAGACGACUGAGGCUAGAAAAGGCCUGUGCCUGCGCGGGGCUGCGAAUGCCGGCCGGCGAGGAUGGCCCAUUCGAUGUUGGAUCAGGAUUCAUCUGGCACUGAUCCGCGGAUACAUUUCCACGGUGAAUUGGUGUUCAUGGACUAUUGCUAGCUCUACUCAAGGAAGAGGGCGGGAAAGGGUUGAAUACGACCGACGAGACUUGUGCCCGCGACGCUGCAGACAGCGAUACAGACAGCGAUACCAGGCGACAAUCCAAUCAAGCUUUCCCACGUUCCGUCUAUUUGUGCCCCGUGGUCACUUAAUGGCCUGGUGGAAUAAUUCUGGGGAGUUCAUACCCUCAACCACAAGUUACCCGGCAGUCGUGAUGGAAGGAGUUGGGCUAAGUCUCGCAGUGGUGACCACCUUCAAAGAGCUCUAUCUGAUCUCAAAAUUUAUUCAUCGCGUUAUUAUCUCAGUGCGAAAUAGCAAGAGUGAGCGACAGGAGCGUGAACAUGAGUUUCAUCUCGAGCUCUUGUAUUUGCAAAGCUUUGGGCAGCUGAUUAUCACUAACGAUGGUAUUAUGAGAGAAGGCCCUUUGAAUAACCAAUGGCUACAAGAAGUUUACUCGAUACUUGAGAGACUGCGGCUACAGUGCGGAGAUUAUGCAAAGCUUGCUAUGGCACAGGACAACGACUACCAAACGUAUUCCCCUUACCUCCACAAUUCUACCGCGACGUCCAAACUUAUAGAAUUUCCACUCGAAAUCCACACGGAUGACGCCCCGAACAACGGGGCGUUGAAGUUCCGCCCACGGAAGAACUUCAUCUUCGAAUGGUUCAUGUCGUCACGAUCGACAGCGAACUGGGAGUCAUGGAAAUGGGCACUGUUUGAGAGGCGCAAAUUUGAACGGUUUCUCCAGGAGUUCAAAAAGUGGACGUCAAAGAUCAAAGAGUUGGUUCCCUUGAUGCUGGCACUUCACCCUCGCUACAAUAGCUCGGCAGUCUUGGAAAGUCUCAUCUCCAACGAACAUUCCAACCGUCUGGGUAUGGCACCGCACGCACGUCUGCGCAAGUUGACUAUAGAGCCUGCUGUUCACCAGACAAACUUCUUUCUCCAGAACGCCACGCUGGACGCCCUUUUGGACCGGGAGUGUCUGACGAUGGCAAGUCUUUCCGAGCCUUCAUCUUCGUUGGAGAAAGAGACGGACAGGGUAUUGGUCGAAUUUAAGAAAUAUGGCGAAGAUAAUGCGGACGCACGUCCAGAUACGGUAACAGUGGAUCGUGUCCACCAGCUCGCCAGUCUUCUCUCGUCUGCAGGAAAGGACAAUCUGAGUACUCUGAGCUUCCGCGGCAUCAUUGAUCUACCGCAACAAAGUCGAUACGCCUUCAUUUUUAAUUUCCCUUCCCAGGCUGCCGACGUGGAACCUAUUUCGUUACAUGCACUGAUGGAUUCUGCUGCGGGAUCAGCUUCCCGACUGACAUUGCCUCAACGGUUUCAUGUAGCGCAAGACGUGACCAGGGCAAUUUCCGCAUUUCAUGUCGACGGGUGGGUCCACAAGUCGAUUCGGAGCCAGUCGAUCAUCUUUUUCCAAGACAAAGCUUCCCAGUCAUCUCCGCUCUACGCAGAUCCCUUUCUCGUAGACUUUGAAUUCGCACGACCUGAGACCGCGGAGACACAAUACACCUUCGAUAACAACUUAGAAAGAAAUCUCUAUCGACAUCCAGACCGGCAGGGUGCGCCUACUGUCAGUUUUCGGAAGAUGCAUGACAUUUACAGUCUGGGAGUGGUCCUGCUGGAAAUUGGACUCUGGCAAACUGCGAUGAGUAUCCACCAGAAUGCGACCAAGAAACUCAAGGAAGGUGUCAUGAUGAACCCGCAUGCGAUGCAAAAUCUCUACAUCGAGAUAGCAAGACGGCGACUGCCACAUCACAUGGGUCCGGCCUAUCGUGAUGCCGUGGUCAAAUGCCUCUCUUGCAAGUCUACGGACGAUGAUAGCCGCUUCGCAAUUAUUUUUUACGAGGAAGUCGUGCAGAAUAUCGAUGUGACCAAGCUUCAGUAG